UGCUUAUAAAAAUCCGACGGAGCUCACUGAUCGAGAUUAGUUUCAAACGAACAGUGCGUGUAUAAAAAUAUUACGCUUUCAAGUGAAAGAUUUACAAAGAAAUUUUUACAGUUCAGACCGGUAAAGUGAAUACAAAACAAGUAAAAUGUCGUUAAUUCCAGUACUAUUUCGCGAGUGGUUAGACAAUGUUGUGGAUGUUCCUGCCAGACCAUCCCGCAUACUGGAGAAAUACUUCGGAGAGGAUAUCUUCCCAAGUGAUCUGCUACUGGCCAUAGAUCAUGUACCAAAGCGCAGAGGAUUGAAACGCCCGCGGCAUUCCGCGUUCGAAUCCGAGGACGACCAAGCAGUUGUAAAGCGCAACAAGGAUGGAUUCCAGGUUAACAUCGAUGUACACCAGUUCAAACCGGAGGAAAUAUCCGUGAAAAUGGCAAACGACUACAUCACGGUGGAAGGCAAGCACGAGGAAAAACAGGACGAACAUGGUUUUGUUUCGAGACACUUCACCCGCAGAUAUAGGCUUCCGGAUGGCCAUGAUGCGGACAAAGUGGUUUCAACACUUUCCUCCGACGGAGUGCUAACGAUCAAAGCUCCGAAGUUAGCAUUGCCCGAAUCGGAAAGGACGAUUCCGGUUGAACGGGUGAAGAAGUUGAUCAAGGAAAAUGGAAUGGCACCCGAGGAUGAGAAUGAAAUGAGCUAAAGUCUGAUAUGUAGAUUUACUUGAACCUCAAUUAAAAUAAGAUAAUUUUAAUGUUACCUGACACAGUGUAUACAAAUGUAACCAUGAGGGUAUCGUAAGCUAAUAAAUUACAAUUACAGUA